AUGGCAUCGACCUCAAAUGUGCAACAUUCUGAUGAAUCCGACGACGAGAUUAAGUCAAAAUACAUUCCUCCAGCCAAGAAAGAGCUGAAGGAGAUUCUUCAAGCCGACGCCGAAGACGAAAGUCUUCAGAAGUAAGUUAUAUAAAUUAUUUCGGUAAUAGUAGUAAAGCUAUGUUAUACAUAAUUAUUUUAUCUAUUUUUUAUUUUUUUAGGUACAAACAGAAAUUGUUGGGAAGUUUUGUUGACAACGUCGUGGUCGAUCCAAGUAACCCCAACAGAGUGAUUGUCAAGACUAUUGCAAUUCUAGCCGAUCAUGGAACAGUCGGAGAAUUCUCAAUUCCUCUUCGUAAGUGAAUAUGAUAAUGGAAAAUAGUUUCAGAGUCCGAUUUCACCCUGAAGAUCAAGGAAGGAGAACGAUUUCAACUGCGGUUUGAGUAUUAUGUUCAACGAGAGAUUGUCUCAGGGUUGCGUUAUAUUCACCGUGUAAGCCGAUUGGGCAUCCGAGUGGCCAAGGAAACUUAUAUGAUAGGAUCUUAUGGACCCGCGGCAGAAAUCAAAACUUUUUUGACUCCCUGGGAAAAUGCACCGUCGGGUAAGAGUGCGCUUUGAAAAAAGUUGUUUUGUAAGCGAUGUUUUAUUUACGUUUUUUUCUCAUUUCAGGCAUGAUGUCUCGCGGCAAAUACUCUGUGACGUCGAAGAUCACCGACGACGAUGAGAACGAUUACGCCACCUUCAAUUGGACCCUCGAGAUCGGUACCAACUGGUAA